AUGGCUACAUCCUUGGUAGACCAACUUCAACGUUUGAAAGUCCCGACAUCGGUAUUAAUAAGAGAUAAUAAACGACCAUCUCUACUUUUUAACCCAAAAGAAGCUGCUACUCUUUCCAAGGAGACAGUAUAUCAAAUUGGCUUAGAAGGAUUGGAGGAAUUGAUCCAAAAGAAUGAAGUAUUCUCACAGUUCAAACAUACCUUAUUCCAUGAAAUGUCUAAGAGUUUUGAAAGAUCAGUACAAACUGCUGAAAUUAAUGAAAAGCUGAAUAAAUCUUUGAGACGGAUGCUUUUAUCGAUGUCUCCGUAUUUUCUGUUUAACUGCUCUCAUAAAGUAUUAGAAUAAUUAAUAUGUAGAUUUUCUAUACAUGAAUAUCUUAGAGAUGAUUUACUCAUGUUAUGUUUACCAUAUCAUGAAUCAACUAUGUUUGUUAGAGUCUUACAAUUGCUCAAAUUUAAAGACAAAAAUGACAGUUUUUAUUUUCUUAAAAGUUACCAAAAAUCAGGAACUCAUUUACAACAAUCUCUUCUGAAUCAUGCUGCUUCAGAUAUCGGAUUUUUAAAGUGUAUUUUAGAUGCUGUGAAUACAAAAUUGCAAAUUUCUCCAGAAGCCCAAAAUUGGUUAACAGAAAUAAUUAAUUCAAUAGAACAACAAUAUCCUACUCCGUUCGAUAAAGCAGUUCACAAAAUUUUAUCCACAUCUUCAGAUAAAAGAUCGGUAAAAAGAAGAAAGUGUCUAUCAAAAAUAAUUAAAAAUUCUGUAAUAUAUAGAGGCAAAUUUGAACUUUUCGAAAAACUGUAUCAUCCAAAUCCUGCUAUAAGGGGUGAAGCAAUAAAAUUAUUAUGCAAUAAUUUUGACGACCUGAAAGAAACUGACAGACAAUUAGUAAAUAGAUCAUUAGUAGAUAAUUUAAAUGAUAAUGAUGUUAUGGUGGUAAAAAACACCUUGGAAAUUUUGAAAAAAUGUGAUGCUGUUGAAAAAUACGGUAUAAAAAGUGCACUAAUAAACUUAGCCAAUAAAUAUCAAAAAGAUAAAUCCGGAUGGGGACUUAUUUCGGAUAAUGUAGAGAAUUUAUUAACAUCUCUUUAUGAACCAAAUGAUUGGGAAGUUUUUAUAUCUUUAUUUCCGUUUUUAUUACCUCAAACAUCUAAAAAUAUGUCAAGAGCAAAGAAAAUAUUGGAGACUCCCUUUAUAGCUGAGAACAACUUAUUUAAAUUAGAUUUACAGAAAUUGAAAAAUGCUGACGAAGAAGAAAUUUUAUCAUUAGCUUUGAUGACAGAUUCAGAGGAGAAUCUUCGUAAAACAGUCAUACAUAUUCUCACUAUGUUAACUACGAUGUCUACCCAAAAGGAAAACCGAUACAAUCCUUCAAUCAACAGUUUAAUCAAACAUAAAGAGGAAAUCAUAAUUGAUAAUCAACAGAUACCAUCAAUAAUUUUUAAUUCUUUAGAUCCUUCAAACACGAAAGCUUAUUUAAAGGCUACAAUCUUAUGGGCAUUUUCAUUGAUAGAUACAUUUGAGUCUCUAGAAGAAACAACCGAUAUGGCUCUUAACAUAUUAAAAAAUAAUGCAAUUGAAUUAACGUCUUUCAAUGCAAGAAUAAUCAAAUUGGUAGUUUCAAAAAUAAAUUCUCAAGUUAUCGGUCGAUUGAAUAUGGAUUCUAAAACUUGGAGACUACUGGACACUUUUAUCAACAGCGAUAAAACAAUUAUUAAAGAUAGUGAAGAUACAUUAUCUCUUUCCUCGCUUACAUUAAACCAAUUGAAUAGUGAUACAUUUUCUUCUCUCAAAGAUGAAGUUGUUGUUAAAUCAAUUCUAAAAAUAAUAAUAGAACUAUCACUCACCACUCAGGAUUCAGAAGUAGUUUUUUUUUAUUAGUAGAAUUUUCAAGCAGAUCUAAACGCUGAAUGGAUUAAAGAGUAUUUAGUCAGCAUGAGGGAUGUACAGUCAAAGAUUGACGAAAAUAAAAAGAAAAGAAGAAUUGGUAUUGUACCCACAGUUGAUAUUUUGGAUACUUUUGAAUGGAAAAAAGGAGUGGCUGUAUUUGAAUUCAUUCAAGAUAAGAAGAAAAUAAGAAAUAUAGAAUGUGUACUUCCAAUAUUCUCCAAUUUACUUAAACGCUGUUUAGAUUUCGAUGAACAAUCAGCUGUAGAAUACCCCAAACAGCUUCUUCUGGCUAUAAUCCAUCAAAGUUGUAUGAAACUAGAUGGUGUAUUACCUGAAAAUCUCUUCAACGUAGAACUGAUCGUUCAGUGUAUUAGGGCUUCACAAAAUCCCCAAACUCAUCAUCAGGCAUUAUUGGUUUUAGCUUAUACUGCUAAUCUACUACCCACUGAAGUGUUACAUCAUAUGAUGGUAAUUUUUACUUUCAUGGGAUCUUCGGUUUUACGACAUGAGGAUGCAUAUAGUUUUCAACUUAUUUCGAAAAUUAUAGAUACCUAUUAUUACCAAAGAUAUUCAAAACACAGAAGAAUUCCUCUGUACAAACAAAUAUUAGAAACGGUUAAUGUCAAAGAACACCUCUAUAUAUUUCUACUUCUACUUUUUGAAAGUCAAAUUAAAAGUAGUACAAUCCAGAAGAAAGAAAAAGAUGCCGUUCAAAGGAAGCUCGAUAUAGGAGCUGAUAUAUGCAAAGAAUUUUCUCCUUCCAUUGUUAUUUAUAAUUGUAUCCGUUUGCUACAACAUUUAAGCAAUUUGCCAAAUGAAAAACAAGACAAUAUGGAAGUAAAUGGCGAAACAACCCCCCACUUAUCUUCUUUCUCUCCCAAAGAUUUUCGUCACUACACAUACCUAAUCGUCAAGUUUACAGCCAAUCUUCUAGGAUCUCACAGUUUCGUGAAACAAGUGGCUGAUUUAAACGAAGAAGAAGAACUCAAUCUGGAGCCGUUAUUUAAAGAGAUUAUUAUCAGCGUUCUUCAAUAUAUACAAAGAGUUUCAAAAAUAGUUGAGAAAUUUUCCAAUACACCGCAAGUGCAAUAUUGGAAAGUACUAUUGCAUUUGAAUUACGAUAUUUUAGAUAGCGUUAAUGCACUUGUAACACCACAAAUGUUUCUGUUAAUUACUAAAGGGUUAUUAGUCCAUAAAUUACCGACAGUGAAGAAGAGAAUAUUAGAAUUGCUGAUUAAUAAAUUGCAAUAUAAUAAGGAAUUUUUCUACCAUGAAGAAAAAACGGAUUUGUAUUCAUUAAUUCAUCCUAUUACAUCUAUUAUAGAAGGUGGUAAAGAAGAAGAGGGCGAUACAGAACAAGAAACUGUUACUCAAACAAGUUUAUUGUGCCUCAAGUUGGUAAAAACUCUAGGACCGGAAGAACCAGAAAAAUUCGUACCAAUUCUAGAUUUCGUAACAGGAUUAUUGAUGUCUAAGAAAACCCAAAGUAAUAUCCAAGCAUCGGUAGUACUUUGUUUGGCCGAAUUAUGUGUCAAUUUAAAAGGUUUUGCUAUUGGCAGUUUACCGGAUUUUAUGCCCGCUCUCAUUGAGAUUUUAAAAAGACAAAAACACUGCGAAACCCACAAUAUGUUGAUAAGAAGUUUAAUUACUACUAUCGAAAAUAUUUUGGAUAGUAUGCCGUUGUUUCUAAGUCCCUAUUUAGAGAAAUUGUUAACAGAAAUAACUCAAUUGAUAUCCACUAAUAAUGAAGAACACAAGUUGGGGCCGUACGCAGUCGCACUUUUGUUUUCGCUUUCUUUGUACAGGGCCACCACAGGAUGGCCCCAUAGAUCCUUAUUCAAUAAUCCAUAA